AUGUCGUUUCUAGUAGCGCUCCUGGGAAUCAUCCCUUACGACCUAUUCGUUCCUUCCCAAACCGCUCCGCCGGUCCCAUCCGGGGUCACUCUCUACUUCGCUUCCGAGGUACACGAUUUCCGGAAGAUUACUGACCUGAACUACAACCUUGCUGAGGCGGCACCGACCUCUAUGCUUGUUGCAAAGCUUUCUGGCGGGAAUUUGCAUUGGUGGCACAUCAUCGACGGCGAGUUACAGUCGUAUCACGUCAAGCUGCGGAGUAAACAAAAUUUCGGGACGUUUGUCCAGCGCUUCGAGCGGAACAGGACCGAGGGCUCGCCUGAAACCAAAGAUGAUGGGUUUAUGGAAGAUGAAAUCGCGGACCUAUACGGCAACUUCCGCGCCUGCAUCGAGUAUGGCGCGUUCGAUGAAAUACUAACACAUGCAUGGAAUAUAGUUCAUGACACUCACAGGCGCAUGUGGGCCACCAUCGUUGGUUAUGUGCUUAUUCGUCGCUAUUAUGCGCCUUCAUCGCUUCGCCAAGGAGAGUAUAUCUUUUUGGUCAGCAACGGAGACUAUGCUUCGCCGCUACAAUACCGGAGAGUGAAGGACACAUCGGAAAUAGAAAGUCGUCAUCUCCCCCAGCACCCUGAGGCUGUCGUCGUGUCGUCCUACCACAAACGAGGCCGGGACUGUCAUGGCCUCCCCAUCGAAAACAAGGUGCUGAAGAAGCUGAAAAUGUUACAUUGGUGGGACGUUGUGGGACGUCUCACGGAGACUCAGAUCACGAAUUUGAAUGUCGUCAAGACCAUGGUUAAGAGAGGACUCAUUUACAGGCAGCUUCGUCCGGUUUACUACACCGCCAAAAUUUGCUCAGCUCAGCGCUGA